AUGCCCCCAAGUCGUCGUAGCAAUCCAGAUGCGUUGCCAUCACACCCCAUGCCCGUGCGCCCUGGGCUGAUGGACCAACCUCACAACUCAUCUCCUCAGUCAAGCAAACCACCUGCUAAACCUCCUCCAGUCCGACAAUACAACAACGAUUUGUCUCCUGGAGCGCAGAACGGAGCCCCACAGACUUCGGCCAUGCCUCCCCUGCAAAAACGGGCAUCAGCUCCUCACCCUGUAACCUUUGACGAGCUGAAUAGGCUUCGAAACACGUUCAAGCUUGCCGAGAAAGACCAUAAGACCGGACUUCUCCUUGCGAAGAAACUUGUCGAGGCAGCUGCUGUUCUUUCUGAUGAAGGAGGCCGCGCGGAUACCCGCACUCGCAAUAAGAAUCGUGAGAAAUUCGUCAUGGAAGCGCAUAAGAUCGUCAAAAAGCUCGUUAACGCUGGUUAUCCAGAGGCGAUGUUCUAUCUUGCUGACUGCUACGGGCAAGGCUCCCUGGGGCUCGAAGUUGACCCCAAAGAGGCCUUCACGUUGUAUCAGUCGGCUGCCAAAGCUGGCCAUGCUGCUAGCGCGUACCGCACCGCUGUCUGCUGCGAGAUGGGCAACGAGGAUGGCGGCGGCACGCGGAAAGAUCCGCUCAAGGCUGUGCAGUGGUACAAACGUGCUGCAGCGCUGGGCGACACGGCUGCUAUGUACAAGGUUGGCAUGAUCCUGCUCAAAGGCUUGCUGGGGCAGCAGAAGAAUCUCGGCGAGGCUAUCAACAUGCUCAAGCGUGCUGCAGAACGCGCAGAUGAAGACAACCCGCACGCGCUGCACGAACUUGGUCUGCUCUAUGAAGCGCAGACCGGCAAUGAGCGCAUCAUCCGAGAUGAACCAUACGCGCUGAGCCUAUUCAGACAAUCUGCCGAACUCGGGUACAAGUUCAGCCAGUUCCGAAUCGCACAGUCGUACGAAUUCGGAUUGCUGGGUUGCCCGGUCGAUCAUCGCAUGUCGAUUGCGUGGUAUUCGCGCGCAGCGGCACAAGAGGAGCACCAGAGCGAACUGGCGCUCUCCGGGUGGUAUUUGACUGGCAGUCCUGGCAUCCUGGAGCAGAGCGAUACUGAGGCGUACCUUUGGGCUCGUAAGGCAGCUUGUGCUGAACCGCCGCUUGGGAAGGCUCUGUUUGCCAUGGGCUAUUAUACCGAGGUUGGAAUUGGGUGUCCGAGGAGUUUGGAGGAGGCAAAGAGGUGGUACGGGCGUGCAGCGGCAUACAAAUUCCCCAAAGCCCAAGAGCGGCUAGACGAGCUCAAGCGCGGCGGAGCGAAGGCACAGCGCAGUCGAGAAAGGCUAAGCAGAAGCAACCAGAAGCAACAUGAGGCCGACAAUUGCGUUGUCAUGUAG